AUGUCUGCUGCGGUGUCUUAUGUGGCUGCCUCUGUGGCUGGCCCUGCAGCUACUUCUGUGGCUGGCCCUGUAGCUACUUCUGUGGCUGCCUAUGUGGCUGGCCCUGUAGCUACUUCUGUGGCUGCCUCUGUGGCUGGCCCUGUAGCUACUUCUGUGGCUGGCCCUGUAGCUACUUCUGUGGCUGCCUAUGUGGCUGGCCCUGUAGCUACUUCUGUGGCUGCCUAUGUGGCUGGCCCUGUAGCUACUUCUGUGGCUGCCUCUGUGGCUGGCCCUGUAGCUACUUCUGUGGCUGCCUAUGUGGCUGGCCCUGUAGCUACUUCUGUGGCUGCCUCUGUGGCUGGCCCUGUAGCUACUUCUGUGGCUGCCUCUGUGGCUGGCCCUGUAGCUACUUCUGUGGCUGCCUCUGUGGCUGGCCCUGUAGCUACUUCUGUGACUGGCCCUGUAGCUACUUCUGUGACUGGCCCUGUAGCUACUUCUGUGACUGGCCCUGUAGCUACUUCUGUGGCUGGCCCUGUAGCUACUUCUGUGGCUGGCCCUGUAGCUACUUCUGUGGCUGGCCCUGUAGCUACUUCUGUGACUGGCCCUGUAGCUACUUCUGUGGCUGGCCCUGUAGCUACUUCUGUGGCUGGCCCUGUGGCUGGCCCUGUAGCUACUUCUGUGGCUGGCCCUGUAGCUACUUCUGUGGCUGGCCCUGUAGCUACUUCUGUGGCUGCCUCUGUGGCUGGCCCUGUAGCUACUUCUGUGGCUGCCUCUGUGGCUGGCCCUGUGGCUACUUCUGUGGCUGCCUCUGUGGCUGGCCCUGUAGCUACUUCUGUGGCUGCCUCUGUGGCUGGCCCUGUGGCUACUUCUGUGGCUGCCUCUGUGGCUGGCCCUGUAGCUACUUCUGUGGCUGCCUCUGUGGCUGGCCCUGUAGCUACUUCUGUGGCUGCCUCUGUGGCUGGCCCUGUAGCUACUUCUGUGGCUGCCUCUGUGGCUGGCCCUGUAGCUACUUCUGUGGCUGCCUCUGUGGCUGGCCCUGUAGCUACUUCUGUGGCUGCAUUGCGUGUGAUCUGUUGUUAA